AGCAGCGCUGGCAGCGGUAGCGGUAGCGGUACUGGCGGUACCACACGACCACACCACUCACCUGUUUCCUGUUUGUUUCCAAAUAGCGUAUGGCCCUUAUGGCCCACGAAUCACCACACCAUGGCCCUCCACCUGGACAACGGCGAGGGCUUUCAGAAGCACCACCACUUCUUGCUCCCAAUUUGAUGAGCGCUUAAAUAAACCCGAGACCUUCCUCGAUAUUGAUGGACGAGUAUAAUGGAUUCCAUCCAUGCAAAGGAAGAGCCUCGAGACAACAGCUUCUCAGCGUCACCAGAACACUACAAAGAUUACCACGGAUGUAUUACUACUGAAACCGCAGAGGUUCAUAUCACCGAAUAUUUACCAGACUUAACAGUGAAUGGAAGCGAUUCCAGCCAUGUGAAGGAAGAACAUCAAGACGAAAGCUUUUCCGUGUCACCAGAAAACCGCAGACAUUACCACAGAGGUACCAUCAGAGACUUGACAAUGAAGAGAAGGGGUCCCGUCCAUGUGAAGGAAGAACCUCAGGACAACAGCUUCUCUGUAUCACCAGAAAACCACAGAGACUACCACGGAGAUGUCACUAAAACCACAGCAGUGCAUACCUCCGAAUGCUUUGCAGACUUUGCAAUGAACAGGAGGGGCUCCAUCCAUGUGAAGAAAGAACCUCAAGACAACAGCUUUUCCGUGUCAACAGAGAACCUAGGAGAUUACCAUGGAGGUACCAUCAAGGCCAUGGACGUGCAAACCAGUGAAUGUUUUCCAGAACGAGUACUGGCUGGAAGGGAUUCUACCUCCAUCAAGGAAGAACCACAAGGCAUAUCCCCUUUACCUGAAAACCAUGGAAACACGGAAGAGCUCAUCACUGCUGACUAUCUAGAGUUUACAAUGAAUGGAAGGGAUACCAUCCAUGUGAAGGAAGAACCUCAAGACAACAGCUUCCCUGUGUCACCAAAAAACCACACAGAUUACGAUGGAAGUACCAUUGAAACCACGGAGGUACAUAUCACAGAAUGCUUUCCAGUAUCAGCAUCAAUGGGAACCGCCCUUGAUAAUACGAAUGCACCCAAAAACUUCUCAGGUUUAGACUCCGGCACGCAAAAUGGACAGCUUGUACAGGGUCAUGUGGAACCAGGCACCAGAGAGACUUUAUCCAAGUGUAAAUUCUGUGCAUUCACUCAGUCUAGAAAUCCCAGAUGCCACUUGCUGAUUCAUGCCAGAGAGGAGACUUACAAGUGUGGCACGUGUUCUGCUACAUUCGGCGAGCCCGACAGCUUGAAACGCCACAUGGUAGCCCACACAGGAGACAUGCCGUUCAAGUGCAAGCUCUGUUCUUCUGCAUUCACCACAUUUGAGAACCUCAAGGUACACAUGACGAGACACGUGGGGGAGAAGUCAUACCAGUUGAUCCUGCGCCCUGCAGCUCUCCCCCAGUCUGGAAGCCUGAACGGGAUCGUGGCAGUGCACGCGUGGGAGAGACCAUACAAGUGUGAACUAUGUCCCUGUGCAUUUAGUGAAGCUGGACAUCUUAAACGUCACAUGCUGAUGCACAGAGGAGAGAAGCCAUUCCAAUGUGACCACUGUUCUGCUGCCUUUAAGUCUCCUAGACGUCUGAAAAGCCACAAGCUGACACACACAGGAGAGAAGCCAUUCAAGUGUGAGCUCUGUUCUGCUGCAUUUUAUCAGUCACAACACUUGAAGUGGCACAGGUACACCCACACCGGAGUGAAGCCGCACCAGUGCAAGCUCUGUCCUGCACAAUUUAAUACAGCCUCAGGCCUGAAAUAUCACAUACGAACACACACAAAAGAAAAGCCGUUCAAAUGUGAACUCUGUUCUGCAGUGUUCCGCACACCUACGAUGCUUAAGUAUCACAUGGGAGAACACACGGGGGAGAAGCCAUACAAGUGUGAGCUCUGUCAGGCAGCAUUUAUGUAUCCCAACAGACUCAAAAGACACAGUGCUUCACACACUGGACAGAAGAUGUACAAAUGUGAGUUUUGCCCUGCUCAGUUCAGCAGCUCCACGGGUCUCAGAGGUCACAGGCGAAAACACACGGGUGAGAGGCCAUUCAAGUGUGAACACUGUUCUUCAGCCUUUGUAUGGCCCACACAGCUCAGGAGCCACAUGGCAGUUCACACGGGAGAGAAGCCCUUCAGGUGCAAGUUGUGUCCCGCACAGUUCAACCUGUCUCGAAGCCUCAAGUGUCAUACCCAAAGGUGUCAUGCAAACACAAUGCAGUGAAUGGACCUACACGGACAUGCCCCCUGUUUCCACCUUGCAUUUUGUCAUCUCAUGUGUGGGCACUCCUUGGAAAGGAGACGGUGCCUGAUGGUCUUCCAGAAAGAGACCUUGCACAGCAGUAGCCAGUACCAGCAUUUGUGCUGUUUAUUUAAUGUUUAUAUGUUAAGUGCAUGUGUUAAGGGCCUGCUGUGCAAGUACCACGUAACAGGGAGUGAGCACAACAUAACAGUACAUAAAUAAAGCAUCCAUUAAAUAAGUGCA